AGCCAUAUUAAGAUGGAUACACCUUUUAUUUCGAGCUUCAACUUAACGGACCAAAACUACCAUGGUAGGGUGGGCGUAGUUUUUGACAGAUUGACAGACAAGCUAACUCGGCGCAGUGGCACGAUGGACGCGAGAGAGGAAGAUGAAUUGACCAUCCAGAUCCCGCCUCAUGAUGGAUCCCAGACGGAGAGGACGCGAGGCACCUUCGGAGGUCGACAACGCUGGCUCUCCGGUAAUGCGACCGACACCAAAGUGGCAUUAGAUAGCAAGGCUAUGGAAUCAAUGGUGUCGCCACGGCGAGGACUUCACAAAAUGAAGGUAUCUGCGCCGUCAGUGCAGCCUUACCUAUCGUCGCUUGGCAUCUCGGUCGGUGACGAGUCGCAAAUUGUUGAGAAAGAGGUGGACGAGAUUGCUGGUCUACGUCGGGAACACGAUGCAGUAAAAAAUAUUAACUGGCGGAAGGAGCAAGAGAUCAAGAAACUCGAAGAAGAAGUAGAGAAUAUGACGAUGACUCUGCACGGUCGUAUGGCUGAUAAUUCUCAAAUCAAAUCUCAAAUGGCAAACAUCGAGAACAAGUCAGCGCUUUACGAGUCCAAGCUGGAAGAAGAAUACAAAGACCGUGGCGUGUACAACCACAUGAUUCAGCGUUUAACUCGAGAAGCGCUGGACGCCAAGAAGGCGACUAUAGCGAAGGAGAAGACAUUGCAAGCUCUUCAGCAGGAGCUCUCCAGUGCAAUGACAGGCUUGCUUGCGGCACGACAAGAGAAAUCAGCGGCCGAGAGUGCAUACAAGACGCUCUACACGGACUGGUGGGAGAAAAAGCAGGCCAACAUCCGCGCGCUAGACGACUUGCAGCAUGCAGUAGAGCAGACCCGCUUGAAGUCCGACAUCCUUGAGGCUCGCGAAGUCUCACGUAAAAACAAUGUGCAGGCAGCGUUGGGUCAGCUCAAGCAGAAAGAGUCACGUCGUCUUCGUCGUGAAUCAUCGGCACAAAUGACGCACUUCUCCGAGAUUCAGGAGGAACUCUCAGACACGGAUCGAAAGCUGAUGAGCGUGGAGGCCGAGCUGAAGCAGAUCAUCGAGGCUGCUGGAACCAACGACGUGGACAAGAUCAUAGCCAAGUAUGUUGGACGUGAGGAUACUUUACGUGCCUUGAAAGAGGAGCACACCAUCAGCGAUGCGCGUAUGCGUAAGCUUCGAGACCGUCACAAGCAACUGAACGAGUCCUUGAGUCACUUGCGAAGCGCAGCAGCCAACUCACGCACGAUAUACCAGGAAAUGGACCAGACGUCGGAGCGCCUGAAAGAGACCGAGAAAGAGGCUGCUGUGCUUGCUGACAAGUGCAAUCGCGCCAAUGUGCUCAUGGAUGCAUUUCGUGCGUGCAUGCUCAAGUGUCUUACCAAGCUCAGCACGGUGCACGGUUCGCUUGAUUACGACGACCAACACGAGCUGAGUCGAGCGAUGGAGACACCCACAGCCGACUUGUUACACAUUAUGGAGCAGAAGCUCAAUCGUGUCUUGGAUGUCAUCAAUCGCGAAAAGGCCGAACGUGAGCUCCAUCGAUCCGAGACAACCACAAACCCCAACAGUUCGGGUUCAGGCUCCGUACUCACUGGUGGCGCCCCUACUACCGACGACAAGCCGGGUGUACACCAGAGUUCUGUGCGGGCUCCUGCAUCCUCCGAGACAGAGGAGCAUUUCAUCUUGCGUAUGGCAUCAACGACCGCAUCACCGGCCAACGUUCGUGUCCGCCCCAAGUCACGCUCGAGUGUGGUUAGAUCCUCAUUCCUGUUACUUCCUCCUGGAGAGGAACCGAAAGUGUCUUCGGUCAGACGUGCUGGUCACACCACUGCGCACGACGGUACUUACCAUAACGACGAGUUUGAAGACAGUAACGCAGCACCUGUGGACUUGGCAGACGAUGAAACCGUGAUCGAUCGGCACAUGCGAAAGAAACUAGUGGGCCUGAUUGUGAAUCGAGGCAAACGCGGGAAAAAGUCGUCGACUCAGCCUCAAACCAGUCCUCAGCAUUAACAGGCACGUACUAGACAUCAGUAACAAUUUGAGCAACAGCAUAUACUUCAAAGUGCGCUCCAUCUAACUAAUUCAACCUGGUCAUCAUCAAAACUGUGAGGAUCAUACAAACUAGCA